AUGAGUGAAUUCUAUUCAAGCUAUAAGCAUUUAUUUUAGGAUGAUACUGAUCAAUUAUACAACCAGCAACUUAGACAUUUAGAUUCAAUAGUCUAGUAAAGCAAAAAAGAUAGAGCUAACUCUGAAAAAAAGAGACAGAUUUAACUUUAAAAAGAUUUGCAAAUUAUAAGCUAAAUCAAUAUGUCACCGAAUAUAUUUCAGUAAGGUAAAGAGUUUAAAGACUACAAUAUAAAUAUAAAUGGUUAAGGCGGAAUAUUUAAUAAAAAUACAAAUAAUAGCAACUCAAUAUUGAAAUUUCAAUUCAAGGAUGACAAUCCAUUUCAAAAUAAUGUAAAAAUGAAUAGGAAAGAUUAAAUAUCACAGCUAUUGUAAUUUUAAGAUAAUCACUAAAGCAAUAAAGACUUGUUCGUAAAUGAAGGAAUCUUUAGAAACAAGCAGUAGUAUAGGGGCAGCAAUGAUUAUUAAGUAAUACCUAUGUAAAGCAAAAACAGGAGUAGUUCUAUUGAAGAGUUAAUUAAAAUUGAUUACCCAAAUAUGAUUUCGAAUUACACUUAGCAACCUUAAAGAAAAAAUAUCUUUUUAUCAAGGAAUCAGAGUUAAUAAAAUUAAAUACUAUCUAGACUGCAAAACGAAAAAAAUAAUAAUUAUCCUAAUAUUUUCAAGGAUCCUAUAGAGGUUCCAAGACUUCGAGAGAUUAUGUUAGGAGAUGGAAUGACUUUUAACGAAUAUGAAGAUUAAAAUCCAUAAGACUAGCAAUAAAGAAAAAAUUAAAAGUUGAUAAAUCAUUAGAGCAGAUAAGAAUAAUUGAAUUAUUCUCCUCAAAAUUAUGGCUACAGUAAAAAGAAAAAAUAUUUAGAAUUUCUUGGACACAAUAUUUUGAAUCCUAUGCCCUAACCUAGCAUAGAAGAAAUAUCAAAAGAUUAAAGAUUUAAUAGCUAUGAUUCACCUGAAAAGAAUAGAAAAAAUAAGAUGAUCGAUUAAAAUGAUAAACAAAUUAAAAAAUUUUUAUAAAGCAGCUUUGAAUAAUACGAAAAUGAGAAAAAUGCAAAUAGAAGCUUUGUAAAAACUCCUAUUUUAGAAGUUGAUUAUAACCCAAAUCCUUUAAUAUAUGAAAGAAUAAAAUCUGAAUUAAACUAUAAUAAAGCAGGCGCAGUAUCCAAUAUAAAGAGUUAAAAUAAGAAUAAUAACUCUAAAGAUAACCAACCUCACUAAAUAGAAUCAAUCCAUAAGGGAUUUGAUAAAUAUUAGAAUUUCAAAAGAAAGUAAAAAGAUUUUUCCCUAACACCAGAAGUUUAUAAUGAAAAUCUUAAAAAUUCUCCAAUUGUCAGAAGAUUAGCAGCAAGCCGUUAAAUAGAUAGGAAAGAUAGGGUUGCAGAUUUAUUAAAGUAAGAUAUAUUAGAUUGA